CUAGUAACUUUUCCUAGUACUUUAUCAGUGUCGCGCCGGCCGGACAAAUCAACUGGGGGAACGAAGAAGCACGUCGUGGUCGCCGUCGUUAAUUUCUUCAAUUCACUCAAUUUGGCUUCAUUUUUAAAAAAUCCGAAGCAAUCGAGCGGUGGAAACAGAAAAUCUGAAGUCGCGAUAAACGGGGCGUGCACGAUUGCAUGAAGAGUUUAAGAAGAGAUUCUAUCACUGCCUGAAAUACCGAAUUUUCGAGUUUAGUGCGAUUCACUGUGCACAUUGUGACAAGUUCAACUUUUCAACAAAUCUUGGACUAAAUCAAUACUAAAGAGAUCACCAUGAGGGAAAUUGUGCAUCUUCAAGCUGGACAGUGCGGAAACCAAAUUGGUUCGAAGUUCUGGGAAAUAAUCUCUGAUGAGCAUGGCAUCGAUCCAAAUGGCAUGUACCAUGGCGAUAAUGAUUUGCAGCUUGAACGUAUUGACGUUUAUUACAAUCAAGCCACAAGCGGUAAAUACGUACCACGAUCGGUCCUAAUUGACUUGGAACCUGGCACCAUGGAUGCAGUUCGAGCCUCUCCCUACGGCCAAUUGUUCCGACCAGACAACUUCGUCUAUGGACAAUCAGGAGCUGGUAACAACUGGGCCAAAGGACACUACACAGAGGGUGCAGAGCUAGUCGAUUCCGUGCUUGAAGUUAUUCGCAAGGAGUCGGAAGGUUGCGAUUGUCUGCAAGGAUUUCAACUGGCACAUUCCUUGGGCGGUGGUACUGGAUCAGGAAUGGGAACACUUCUGAUAUCGAAAAUUCGAGAAGAAUAUCCAGACAGGAUUAUGAACACAUUUUCAGUGGUUCCCUCACCAAAGGUAUCUGAUACAGUUGUGGAGCCAUAUAAUGCAACAUUAUCCAUUCAUCAACUCGUCGAGAACACAGACGAAACAUUUUGUAUUGAUAAUGAGGCAUUAUACGAUAUAUGUUUCCGCACAUUGAAGCUAACAUCACCAACCUACGGAGACCUUAAUCAUCUCGUUUCUGUAACGAUGUCUGGUGUGACAACCUGCCUUCGUUUCCCUGGUCAACUGAAUGCUGAUCUACGUAAAUUAGCCGUUAAUAUGGUACCGUUCCCCCGUUUGCACUUCUUCAUGCCCGGCUUUGCACCAUUAACAGCGAAAGGAUGCCAAAAAUAUCGUGCCCUCACCGUCCCCGAACUAACGCAACAAAUGUUUGAUGCGAAAAAUAUGAUGACAGCCUGUGAUCCUAGACAUGGACGUUAUUUGACAGUCGCUGCCAUUUUCCGAGGUCAAAUGUCGAUGAAGGAGGUUGACACCCAAAUGCUCAACAUCCAAAACAAGAACAGCAGCUACUUCGUUGAAUGGAUCCCGAAUAAUGUGAAGGUGGCCGUGUGUGAUAUUCCUCCACGUGGCCUGAAAAUGUCCGCCACAUUCAUUGGCAACACGACUGCCAUUCAGGAGAUCUUCAAAAGAAUUUCCGAACAAUUCACAGCCAUGUUCCGACGCAAGGCUUUCCUUCAUUGGUACACCGGCGAGGGUAUGGACGAGAUGGAGUUCACCGAGGCUGAAUCAAAUAUGAAUGACUUGGUUUCCGAAUAUCAACAAUAUCAGGAAGCCACGGCUGACGAUGAAGUCGAAUUUGAUGAGGAGGACGAGUUGCAGGAGCAACAAGAACACGGGCAAGAACAACAGCCCGAGGUAUUCGAGUAAUUCCCGUCUCCUCCCCGUAGCGCUUCAGCUUUUUAUCAUAUUGACGGAGACAAUUUGGGGUGAUGCAGAGAAUGUUGAAGUUGUAAUGAAAAUAACGAGGAUUCAGUUUUCAAGAAGAUGAAUGUUUCUGAAUAACUUUUGUUCCUUUUGUAAGCCACAGUGCAACCAUUUUGAUUAUUUAAGUAAAUACAGUUUUUUGGUACAUUCAUAUAAA